GUGGCGGGGAGCGGCGCGGCGGCGGAGGGUUGGGUCGGUGCCGGCAGCAGCAUGGGACGGCCGCGGCAGGGAGGUCAAUCGUGAGAAGCCAAGCACCCUCCCUCCCCUCCCCUCUGAUCAGAUUCCUUUUAAGUGAAGCUCACUCAGUCUCUGAGGACCAGAUCUCACCGAUGACUGGGAAGCAAAGAGUACCCAGGAAAGCACUUUUACCACGGACUCCACCUCAGGAGCACCAGGAAUUCAUCUUUUAAAUAAAAUCUGUGCCCCUUCCGUGCACACCCGAUGUCUGCUGCAAUGGAUACAGAAUCAACAUAUUCGGGAUACUCCCACUACUCAGGUCACUCCAAAAAAGCUCACAGACAAGGGAGCCGGGACAGACACAAAUCUCCCCGAAGCAAAGACGGCAGUCGGUCGGAGAAGUCAGUCACUAUCCAGACGCCUCCUGCAGAGCCGCUGCUCGGGAAUGACGCCUCCCGGGCAGAGGAGGGCCAGGAUGACAACUGGGGUGAGACCACAACAGCAAUCACAGGCACCUCUGAGCACAGUAUUUCCCAGGAGGACAUUGCCCGGAUCAGUAAGGAUCUGGAAGACAGCGUUGGGUUGGACUGCAAACGUUACCUGGGCUUAACAGUGGCAGCUGUUCUCGGACUCCUAGUCUUCCUUACCCCCAUUGCCUUCAUUCUGUUACCCCAGAUCCUGUGGCGAGACGAUCUGGAGCCAUGUGGUACUGUGUGUGAGGGACUGUUCAUCUCUGUGGCGUUUAAACUCCUCAUUCUCCUGAUCGGGACCUGGGCUCUUUUCUUCCGCCAACCCAAGGCAGACCUACCCAGGGUGUUUGUGUUUCGGGCCCUUCUGCUGGUCCUCAUCUUCCUCUUUGUGUUCUCCUACUGGCUCUUCUAUGGCGUUCGCAUCUUGGACUCGAAGGACACCAACUACCAAGGGAUAGUGCAGUACGCCGUGUCCCUGGUGGAUGCCCUGCUCUUCAUCCACUACCUGGCCAUCGUGCUGCUGGAGCUGCGGCAGCUGCAGCCCAUGUUCACCGUCAAGGUGGUGCGCUCCACGGACGGAGAGUCGCGAUACUACAGCUUGGGACACCUCAGCAUCCAACGAGCUGCACUGGUGGUUCUGGAAAAUUACUACCGAGAUUUCACAGUCUACAACCCAGCCUUGUUAACAGCCUCCAAAUCCCGAGCAGCCAAGCACAUGGCUGGCCUGAAAGUCUACAAUGUUGAUGGCCCGGGUAACAACGCGUCGGGGCAGUCGCGGGCCAUGAUCGCGGCGGCCGCGCGGCGCAGGGACUCCAGCCACAACGAGCUCUACUACGAGGAGGCCGACCACGAGCGCCGCGUCAGGAAACGCCGGGCCAGGCUCGUGGUUGCAGUAGAAGAGGCUUUCACUCACAUCAAACGCCUCCAGGCGGAGGAACAGCAGAAAGCUCCAGGAGAGAUGAUGGACCCCCGAGAAGCAGCCCAGGCCAUCUUCCCCUCCAUGGCGAGGGCUCUGCAGAAGUACCUUCGCACCACCCGCCAGCAGCAGUACCACAGCAUGGAGAGCAUCCUGCAACACUUGUCCUUCUGCAUCACCAACAACAUGACACCAAAGGCAUUCCUGGAGCGUUACCUCAACCCAGGCCCGACCCUCCAGUAUGACAGGGAUCGCUGGUUCUCCAAGCAGUGGACGCUGGUCAGCGAGGAAGCGGUCACAAGCGGCUUGCAAGACGGCAUCGUGUUUGUCCUCAAGUGCUUGGACUUCAGCCUUGUUGUUAAUGUGAAAAAAAUCCCCUUCAUCAAACUCUCAGAAGAGUUCAUAGACCCUAAAUCUCAUAAAUUUGUCCUCCGCUUACAGUCUGAGACUUCAGUCUAAGGGAUUUUGAGGGUGGGUUGUUGGGAGAUUUUUAUUUUUGUUUUUUUCAAUAUCAUGCUUUUGGGUUUAAUUUCCCCAAUGCUGACUGAAACUGGCAGAUGAUGGACCAGUAAUAUUUGACCAUCUGCACUUUAUUUGGAAAGGGGAGGGGGGAGUUGGGAUAUCUUAUCUAGGAAGAAGUAUCUUAAGAGGCAACAGGGCAACUUGGCUCAGUUAGCUCAGCCUUGGAGACAGAACAGAUUUUUUUUCUUUGCCCCUCUUUCCAGGCAUCCUGUAAAUCUCACGCUCUCUUUCUCUGCACGGCUGCAGUGUCAGAGUUGUUGCUGGAGCGCUGCCUUACACCGUGCACGCCUGCACCCUUGUGUCUCUGCUUUUGCCACCUGUGGCUGCUCCUGAGGGCUCAUUGCUCGCCUGUCCCUCACAGAAAUCUCCUGGCACAGGGUGCCAC